AAAAACCCCGAGACAGAAUCAAAAGUUCAGGAUUUACUGGCUAUUAUUGAUGAGAGUUAUACCCGUAGCAGACACCUUUCAAAAUAUCAUGAUCAGGUAAAUGCAUGUAUUGCAUACUGUCGAUAUGGUUACUUAUUGUCAUAGAAAUGUCGAGAAAUUGAAACAUUAACAACCCAAUUCACCGAAAUAAAUACAGCAGCAAAUAUUCAAAGCAUGAGACAGUACGAAGCAGUUAGAGAGGCAGAAGAGGAAGAGGAACAAGAGGUUGCGAAAUUACAGGCAGAAUUAGAUAAACUUAAAUCAUACAACGGAUUGCUUGUAAAACGUGAAAAUGAUUAUAGACGUAUCGGACAGGAUAUCAAGGAAAAAGCAUUACAAGGGUCUUUAAAUCCAGAAUUACCAGACGAAAAUGGGCGGGAGAAAAUGGAGGAAUUAGAACGGGAGAAAGAAGAAUUGGUUCGACUCAUUGCAAAUGAUGAUGCAUUACUAGAAGAGGAGUCAAUAAUUCCACCCAAAUUAUCAUCUAGUAAAGAGUUGUAUAAUGAGAUCUGUGCUGAAAUAGAGGAUUUAAUAAAGAGUCCUGCUGAGGAUGGUUCACGAUUAAGCAUUCAGGGUCUUACUGAUAAACUAGGAUCAGUCAUGGCCGGAAUGAAUGAAAGACUGGAUAGACUGGUAGCUAUAGAUGUGAACGAGAAAGAGAUGUCCGUAUAUAAUCAGCUGUUAACAUUCUUUCACAACCGAGCCCUGAACCCCGACGAUCGCGAAAUUGAUGUGGAUUCUGAAAAGCUUAGUGAAGCAUUUCCCCACAUCACCAAUACUACCGUACCACAAUUAAUGUUAUCAGAUACGUCACUCAGGAUUACUGCAGUUCUUUUGAAAUUAUACAACGAAGGUCCUAUGACACUGCAGAACCUUGUUACGUAUGUCGACGACUUUUCAAGAAACCAUGUUGUCUCAAGCGAAACAACACAAACAAUUAUUUACAGUUUGGUUGCUGCUGAUUUGGUUGUAAUUGAUCGUCGACAUAAAGAUAGUCUAGUCAAAUUAAAAUUGUAAUCGGCACUUGUAAUCCCUUACGUCAGUCCUUUCAUUGUAAAGCGAUCUGUGUACUAUUCAUGUUGAUUGGUUGAUAAAAUACGUCACUUUUCUUUUUUGUAACUGAACAAAAGAA